AUGGGAACAGGCUGCAAUUCAUGCCUUAAAGAUGCUGAUUUUUACGAAGAAAGAUACAUUAUUGACAAAAACACUAACAAAAGGCUCAAGAAACAAGACUCGUCCUUAAUUCUAUUUUCCCCUCAUCAAACCUACACAAAUUAUAGCUCAGCUUCUGUCAUAUUUAUCCAAAGCCUUAUAAGAGGCUAUAUAGAGCGAAAAUCGUUAUCAGUUAAACUCAAGGAACCUUUGCAUACAAGAUGCGAAUCUGACACAAAUUCACGAUCCAUUAUGGAGAUCUGAGGAUCUUUCCCUGAUUAUUCCAACGCAGCAACAAUAGCAACUGCAAAAGCAAUGGGCCGUUUUAAAUAUCAAAAAAAUAUAAUAGACAACGUUAAGGUUUUUAAGAAGGGUCCUGUACAAAUUGAAGGUGGCGCGAUAUAUAUUGGCGAAUGGAACGAAAAGUGAGAAAGGCAUGGGCGAGGGAUACAAACUUGAAAGGAUGGAUCCAAAUAUGAAGGACAUUGAAAAAAUGAUCUCGCAGGAGGUAAGACAAAGAUUAAAGGGUUUAAAGUCUUCUAGAUUUGAUGUCUCCGCACGCUUUUGACCACGCUAGCCUGCUUGCUAGGAAAACUCAGUCGACUGAGUCUUUAUCAACAGGAAUCUACACCGGGACCUAGGGCUUGCACCGAUAUUCAUGAGUCUUGAUGGGUUAGAAAGAUUACUCAUGCUUCAUGUCAUUCGGGUACUAUAAAGGCAAAGGUUAGCCAGAUACCUCCUAUCGACCACCUUGAGAGAGGAUGGCAGCCAAGAAAAAAGAGCCACGGCCUCCGGAACUGACAGGGAAAGAACUCGUGCCUCAAAAAUUAUCCUGAUAACUAAUACCUGACUUCAAUCGUCGCCAGCUAACUCCCAAGACUUAGCCAUCCCAUACAGCUGCUAAAAGGAAGCUAAGGGUUAUGAUUAAAAUUCCUGAGCCUUGGUUUAGGUUGUAAAGCUACUUUGGCGCCCAAAGUGGUGCGUCAUCGUCAAGGACAUAUUUAGUUGUCACCAUAUUAUUUAUGCAGGAGGUAAAGGAAGAUUAAUACAUGGAGAUGGAGAUUGUUAUGAAGGCGACUGAGUAGAUGGGAAAGCUAAUGGAAAAGGAGUUUAUAUACACACUGAUGGAACUCGAUAUGAAGGGGACUGGCUUAAUGAUAAGCAGCAUGGCCAAGGUAUAGAAACAUGGUCUAACGGAUCUCGCUAUGAAGGGUCUUAUGAAUAUGGCAAAAAACAAGGAAAAGGCAAAUUAUUGUUAUCUGAUGGAGGAUCAUAUGAAGGCGAUUUUUAUGAAGGAAAAAUCCACGGCUACGGAAUUUACAAAUGAAGCGACUUAAGAAAAUACAGCGGCGAAUGAAAAAACAACAAAAUGGACGGCCAAGGCACCUUUCUCUGGUCUGAUGGGAGGUGCUAUAAAGGAGAAUACCACAACGACCAUAAGCAUGGCUUUGGAGUAUUCACCUGGCCAAAUGGGAAAAGCUACGAAGGAUUCUGGGAAGAUGGUAAGCAAAAUGGUAUUGGGAAAGCUAUUUAUUCAGAUGGUAGGGUCGAAGAAGGCGAAUGAAAAGAUGGGAAAUUAGUUGCGAAAUAA